AUGGGAGGGGAAACGUCGGCAGCAGCAGCAGCGGCGGCGGCAGAUGCAGCGGCAGAAGCAGCAGCAACAGCGGCAUCAGCAGCAGCAGCAGCAGCAGCAGCAGAGGCAGCAGCAGCAGCAGCAGCAGCAGCAGCAGAAGAGGCAGCAACAGCAGCAGCCACAGCAGCAGCAGCAUUAGCACCACCAGAAGCAGAAGCAGCAGCAGAUACAGCCGCAGAAGCAGAAACAGCAGCAGCAGCUGCUGCAGAAGCAGAAGCAGCAGCAGUAGCAGACGCAGCAGCAGCAGCAGAAACAGCGGAGGCGGCAACAGCAACAGCCGCCGCAGUAGCAGCAGCAGCAACAGGAGGAGAGGGGGUAAGUGGAGGCAGCACGGAAAGGCGCUUGCAGAGAGAGAGCUCUAACUCCUGCAGGCCUACAAGGUUGCCCCACCCGAGCGGAAAUUCACACAGCGAGUGA